CAUACGAUUGGGACUGUAUACCUUGCCCUUCGGGUUAUUAUGGAAAGCUAUGUAGAGAGUCCUGUGGUCAGUGUGCAUCAUGUGACCCAGUUAAAGGAUGCGCAACAAGUAACAAUUCUACCAAUAUAUUCACAAAUAAAAACAUGGAUCGUGGGACUCGAUGGAUUGCUAUAGCAAUAUCAGUGGUCUGUUGCUUUGGCGUUGUGUUUGCAACUUUAUUGUGUACUUAUUGUAAACAUAUUAGGAAAACGACAUCAAAACGAUGCCAUGAAAAUCAAGUGAAAUCAGCUACAAGAAUGCAGAAAAACAAUAUGGCUUAUGGACUUACACUAAAAAAUGAUUUAGUGAUAACCGUUCCUAAGGAAACUGAUUCAAGUAACAAAUUUUGUGGUGAUGUGGAGGAUGGCCCUUAUGAUACUUUAAUCUUGAGAAACUGCAAAGACUUUGUAAUAUAA